UCCCGUUGUACGAAGGCCUUUUUCCACUUCUAGACUGGUCACUGGUGCAGCUACAGCGGUAGCAGGGCCAGCGCUGUGCUGGUGCUUCUAUAACAAAUUUCCUAGAGUUUGGUGUUGCUGAUAGUAAGACACGAUGCCGUGGCAUGUUCUCAAUGACAAUCCUUGUCCACCACCCCGGAAACCUGGUGAUUUUGGGAGAGGACAAUUUAUUGACCUAACUACUAACUUUUAUGAGGUCACAAUGAGGAAUCCCAACAAAAAUAUAGUCCAUUAUGAUGUGGAUAUCAAAUUGCCUAACAACAUGCCUGUCACGUUACCAAAGAAGAAGCGCAUGUUAAUAUUUCAACAAAUGAGAAGCGCAUAUCCCAAAGUCUUCCGCAAAGAAGUACUAGGUUUUGAUUCAGAGAAGAAUGCCUAUACCUUACAACCUUUGUUCAAAGAAAACAAAGAAGUCCCUGGAAAGAAAUUUGAGGUUGAUUUACCAGAUGGAGGGAGAACUCAAAAAUUCAUUGUUACACUAAAAGCUGUCAACUGUGAAAACCUCUCAACUUUGACAAAUGCACUAAAGGCCAAAACUGCUGACAGGGCAAUACCACAGACCAUUAUACAGAUGCUGGAAGUGUUAUUCCAACACAACAUGACUGUGCGGUAUGAGAGAAUAGGUCGUGAUAGAAUGUUCUCAGCAGAAAAGGUGUUUGGGGACUCAUUUGACAUAGGUGGAGGUAAAGAGGCCUUGAUUGGUUUUUUUGGCUCUUUAAGGCCUGUUGGCUGGAAAGAAAACACAAUGCUUCUGAAUGUUGAUGUGGUGAAUGCUGCCUUUUACAAAGAACAAACUGUUAUCAGCUUCAUCAAAGAACUUCUUGAUCUGCGGGAUCAAGACCUUAAUCAACCGCUUAAUAAUAAUCAAAGGAGGAAAAUUACCAGCAGUUUGAGAAAGAUCAAGAUUCAAGUUCUUCAUACUGAAAUACCUCGAACCUACAAAGUACAUGAAAUGGGUGACCUUGGGGCUGAUCGUCAAACCUUUCCUUUGGAGUCUAAUGGUGGCAAGACUACUACAUGUUCCGUGCAAGAAUACUUCCGCACAAAGUAUCGUAUAAAUCUGAGGUACCCAUACUUAAAUUGCUUGCAAGUUGGCCCACCAAACAGAAACAUCUAUCUACCUGUUGAGUGCUGCAAGAUUGCAAAAGGACAGAAAGUACUGGGAAAAUUGAAUGACAAGGAGACUGCAAAGUUCAUCCGCAGCACUGCCAAAAAUCCAAGCCAAAGACUAACACACAUCAAUAGAAUGGUCCACCAACAAAAAUUCUCACAAGAUCCAAAUUUGCAAGGUUUAGAGUUCUCCAUAUCAGACAAGCCGAUGUGUGUAAAAGGGCAUAUUCUGAAGCCACCACAGUUGCUUAUGAAUAAGGAACUCUCACCAAAUAAAGGAGUAUGGGACAUCAGAGGUAAUUCUUUCUACAAGGGUGCUGAUUUGACAUGCUGGGCUGUCAUCAAUUACAACUGUGGAUUCAUCAGAGAUGAAGUGCUGAGGCCUUUUAUUGCAAAUAUAAGGAAGAUGGGCAAGGAGCGUGGGAUGACCAUAAAUGACCCAGCACUGAUAUACAAUGGCCGCAAUCCUGCUCCAGAGACAGACCUUCCAAAGGUCAAGCAGAAAUUACCUGAUGUUCAGUUGAUCAUGGUUGUUCUGCCAAGAGAUGGAGAUUACUAUGCACGUGUAAAGAAAAUAGGAGACCGUGGAAUCAAGGUUCUUACACAAUGUGUGCAAGGUCAAAAUGUGAAGAGAAAUGAAGCACCUGUUGUUGGUAACCUUUUGUUGAAGAUCAAUGCCAAGAUUGGAGGCAUCAAUAAUGUUCUUGGAAAGCAACAGCAUCUUGUGGUAUUCAGCAAACCUAUCAUGAUCAUGGGUGCUGAUGUCAACCAUCCUCCAGCACAUGAUAAAGCAACACCUUCCCUGGCAGCAGUUGUAGCUUCCAUUGACUGCUAUGCAUCAGCCUAUGCUGUGGAAGUUCGUCACCAGAAACACCGAACUGAAAUGAUUCAGGAACUAAAAGGAAUGACAAUAAAUUUACUCAAGGCAUUUUAUCGAAAAACAAGGAGGAAACCAGAGAGGAUUGUGAUGUUCCGAGAUGGAGUGAGUGAGUCUCAGUUCCUGGAAGUCUUAUCUUUUGAGCUGAAAGCCAUGAGGAAUGCUUGUACAGAGCUGGAAAAAGAUUAUAAACCAUCCAUGACAUUCAUUGUAGUCCAAAAAAGACAUCAUACAAGGUUGUUCUGCAAUGAACGUGAAGGAGUAGGGAGAGCUGGCAAUGUUCCUCCAGGCACAACAGUGGACCAUACCAUCACUCAUCCAACUCAGAAAGACUUCUACCUCUGUUCCCACCAGGGCAUCAUUGGAACCAGCCGUCCUACACAUUACCAUGUGUUGUGGGAUGAUAGUGAUCUGCCAAUGGAGUUACUGCAAAAUCUAACCUAUGCCAUGUGUCAUCUUUACUCUCGGUGCACUCGCUCAGUGUCUAUCCCCACCCCAGCCUACUAUGCCCACCUAGUGGCCUUCAGAGCAAAGCUUCAUAUCCGUGACAUCUGUCCAAGUGAAACUUCAUCUUUGUCAUCAGAAGAAGACCAGAAUGUCCUGUCUGAUGCCCUGCUGGCUGAAGCAACAAAAAUAGCCCUAAAUGACAAAAUAGCCACACAGCUCUACUAUGUGUAAAUUCUACACAUAUACACAUCAUGCUAUGUGAUCUUUCAUAUUUUUCAGAUUGUAUACAAAUGUACAAGCAGACUACUUGAACAUAGUGGAACAUUUGUAGGUCAACAAAAUUGUUGUAAUAUUAAGGCAUGUUUAAAAAAAAAAAAAAAUUGUGUUUUUUAUGCUACUUGUUCUGGAAAAUGGGCACUUUGUAUUGAUAUUCUUAAGGGAUUUCUUUUGAUACAUUAAGAUUGAGGAAAAGUUACUGGUGAUCUACAACAGAUACCUGCUUUCAAAUAGAUAACAUAUUAUGUUGAUUAGAAUGGUUACUCUGUCCAAGUACAACUUCAUCUUGUCAUCAGAAAAAUAAAUCUAAAGUAUUCUA